GCACGUAUUUCGCAAAUUGCGAGGCGUGUAGCUUCACGUUUCGCUCGACGAACUUCAUUUACAACUUAAUAUUUGUUUUUUAACAAUCAAGCAACUAUACCAAAGGAUGCGUAAAACCUUAAUUGUUGAUAUGAGAUUUAUUCGUUUGUAUCAACGAUAACGUCAUCGUGGGAAACGUGUGUUCUCAGAAGCGUCCUGCGACUAGCGACGAAUAGUCAGUUCAUGACGUUGUGUGGCUGCAGGAAAAAACUUGUAUAUAUAGGUUUGGUUCGUGAGUCCUGUGGCAGUGUUCACAAUGGGACCCAGUGGUGUGGUGGUGAGCGUGUUGGUGUUAUUGACCGGGGGGGUCACGUGGGCGACACCGACUGUCGGUGACAACACCCUCGAUGGCGGAGAUAGGGUCGUCCUCGUCGCUCCAGUGCUCGCACCCCCAAAAGAUUCCAGAAGUCAUGCGACUCAUGAUCGGUCGAGGCAAUUUCCUAUUUUAGUUCUACUGGCCCAGGAACACCAGGAGAAUAUACGUCCGGAGCCGGCGGCGAAAUCAUUAGAGGGAAGCCCUCGGCCCAUUUACGUACAGAAACUGGAAGAUCAAGAACCUCCGCAAUAUGGCCGCGUAAAUAGACAAAAACGCCAUUUACUAAAAAAGAAACUAUUGGGCAUUGGAGGCGGAAUUGGAUUCGGCGGUGGUUAUGGCGGUGGUUAUGGCGGCGGUUAUGGCGGCGGGUAUGGCGGCGGUGGAUACGGCGGUCACGGAGGAUAUGGGGGAGGUCCCCAGAAGACAAUCGUUAUUGUUAAAGAAUUAGGUCAUGGAGGCGGUCACGGUGGCGGCUAUGGGGGCGGUGGCGGAUUUGGCGGAGGCUACGGAGGUGGCGGCGGCUAUGGCGGUGGUGGUGGUUAUGGCGGCGGCGGCGGCUAUGGCGGCGGUGGCGGAUAUGGCGGAGGUGGCAAUUACUACCAACAACCAGCGUAUCAUGGCGGUGGCGGCUGUGGAGGAGGUUGCGGUGGUGGCGGAUAUGGCGGUAGCAGUGCCACAGCUACUGCCACUGCGACUGCUACUGCUACAGCGAAUUCAGGGUCCUACGGAUAUGGAAAACGUUAACUUCCGAUUUGGAUCAAGAUAAUGUGAUUACUUUAUCCAGCUGUGUAAAUUAUGUCAUCUGUGAUUUAAUCGUGCACAUAUAGACAAUGCGGAUAUGUACUAAAUACCAAAAUGGCUUUAACAUUAAUUAAAGCAAAUGUGUUUAUAGCGACUUAUUAUCAAGUUGUGUCUACUCUUAUAUUGCUCAAGUUCUGUUAGAUUAUCUUUAUAUUAAUUUUUGAUGUUGCGAAUUUCUUUUUUAACUAAAAGUUUCCUAUUAUUUUUGCUAAUUGUAAUUGAUAUGCAAUUGUAAUAUGUUAUUAAAUUGUAGAAGAGAGAAAGAAAUAUAAAACUUGAUACGUUGUA